AAAAAAUAUAUUGGAAAUAUCGAGACAUUUGUGUUUAAACGACGUCGUGACUUAAGCGAAAAACCAAUUCUAUCUGGUUUUGUAUAACAAACAAAGUUACUGACAAUAUUUUAUAAUUAUAUCUAUUACUUGCUAAGCAUGCCUAAAAAUAAGGGAAAAGGAGGUAAAAACAGAAGGAGAGGUAAGAAUGAAAAUGAAACAGAAAAGCGUGAGUUGGUUUUUAAAGAAGAAGGACAAGAGUAUGCUCAAGUCAUAAAAAUGCUUGGAAAUGGUAGGCUUGACGCGCUAUGCUUUGAUGGAACCAAACGUUUAUGUCAUAUUAGAGGAAAGCUCAGAAAAAAAGUUUGGAUUAAUGCUGGUGAUAUUAUAUUACUUGGUCUCAGAGACUACCAAGACACAAAAGCAGAUGUAAUUUUAAAAUAUACUCCAGACGAGGCCAGAAACCUAAAAUCAUAUGGGGAAUUACCUGACUCAGUCAAGAUUGAAACAAUGGUUUCUAAUGAAGAUGCAAAUGGGGAUAUCGAAUUUGAAUUCCAAGAUGGAAGUGAUGAAGAUGAUGAUGAACCAGAUGAUAUUGAUAACAUAUAAUUGUUUUUACAAUGUUCAAUAUCAUCAUGGAUUCCUUAUUCAUCGAUUAACGUGGAGAUCUCGUGUGAGAUAAUCGGAGCUGAUCGUUUCCCAUCCAUUUUCAAUGUUUCGCAAGAAAUAAAUUGAACUUACUUAAAUUGUUUUUA